AUGGCGUCCCUCAAUCUCUCGUCCAAUGGCCCCUCUAUAACGAAGAGCUACCAAACUGUGGUAAAUGCUUCCAUUCCAGCUAGCUCGCCAACUUUCGGCCAAUGGGCUGUUUUCUCUGUUUCCACGCCCCUCGUGAAUGUGUUCCAGCAAGAUACUGGCAACAAAGAAAGUGUCCUCAAGGUUCAAAGUACUGGAGAGGGCGAAUUAACGGACUUGAUUGAGGAAUUCUCUGAGGGCAAAGUGCAAUUUGCUUAUGUCAAGGUUACCGAUCCAAAUACGCAAUUACCCAAGAACGUCCUCAUUGCAUGGUGCGGGGAUGGUGUACCCGAAAGAACCAAAGGGUAUUUUACCAGUCACUUGUCUGCCGUGUCAAAACUUUUACAUGGUUAUCAUGUGCAAGUUACCGCUCGCUCAGAUGGGGAUUUGACUUCCGAAGGUAUCAUACAGAAAGUUGCCGAUUCAUCCGGUGCAAAAUAUUCAUCAGGAAUCGAAGCUCCUCCAAUUUCUACUACAUCUAAGCCUUCGAUUGCCAGCAAGCCCGUCUUUACACCGACCCGAAAUGGCGGUGUUGGCAUUAAUCCCGUGGCAGCCAUAUCGAGGUCGGGGCCCUCCCAUCAGAAUAGCAUGGUUGAUGAUGAUGGUUGGGGUCCUGAUGCACCGCCAGUCACUAGGACGCAGCUUGAAAAAGUCCAGCCAGCCUAUAAGCCUACCAGAGUGAACAUACAUGACUUGAAGUCUCAACACAAUCCCACGUCAACGGAGAAACAUGGCGAUGCUACUGAAACCCAUGAAGGCAUUGUCAAGGGUGGCUACCAACCCGUAGGGAAGGUGGAUAUUGCUGCUAUAAGGAGACAAGCACGUGAGGCGGGUGAUCUCAAGGAUGACCGCCCGGGGCCUGUAAAAGGCGCUUAUGAGCCAGUUGGUAAAGUUGAUAUUGCUGCGAUUCGCUCCAAAGCCCAGAGGUCAAGUGAUAGUCCAGGACCUGCCCAUGUCAAUUCUGGAGCAGUGGCUAAACCCCAGGCGAUUGAUGACUUCACAACGUUGCCUGACCAAGCUACGAUUUCCAGUCCAACAGGGCGCUUAUCAAGCUUGCCAAAACCAAAAGUCUCUAACAAAUUUGGCACUGCGCCGUCAUUCACGGGGACCAAGCCCCCUCUUCCAAGUGACUUUGCUGCUUCAAAACCGACGCCUGCUGGCUCUCAGAUUGGGAGUGCAAGCAGGAAUUUUGCUGUCCAAGGAGGCAAGACUCCCGCGCAGCUAUGGGGGGAAAAGAAAGCCAAAGAACGUGAACUGGGUGGUGGUCAAAUCCCAUCAACACCCGCAGGAACGGAGAUACCCAUUCGGGGCCAACAUAGCGGCAAGGGUGACUGGAAGAGCUCGUACACAGGUAAAACCUGGGCUCCUGUCCAAACCACGCACACUGGCAAGUCUACUGGAAGCAAUUUCUCACAGCAAGCUGCAGACAUUUCAGCAGACGAGGAAAAUGCAGAGUCUCGAAUCCCCAAGAAGAGUAUCAAUGCCGUGCGGGACCAGUUUGCGCAUGAUUCUCCCAAGGAAACAUCCAGCCCAGAAAAGAACCCCGAGACGUCCAGUGGUGACACUGGGCGUAGCGUUCCUCUGCCCGGCCUACCAAACGCAUCUAUGGGCCCAGAAAUCGAGCAGGAUUCUGAACCUCAGCGAGCUAUUCCUAGCCCACCUAAUGAUCCUCGCUCACCUACUCCCCCAAUCCCAUCCCCUGUUCGCGAAUCUUCUCCCAUACGUGUUGCUAUCCCAGUCGGCCGGGGAGUCGCGGAUUCUUAUGAUGAACAAUCGUCACCUGCCACGUUGCCCAUUGAAAAUGCCCAACAACUAGCCCCGAGCGAUACGGGCUUCGAGGACAUCUCUCAUGAUAACCUGGGCCGCGCAACAGCUGAAUCUACCGCUACUGGUAACCAGCUGAGUGGCGGUAUUCGUGCCAUUGUGCAGUAUGAUUAUGAGAAAGCGGAAGACAAUGAAAUUGAACUAAGUGAAGGAGAAUAUGUAACCGACAUUGAAAUGGUGGAUAAGGAUUGGUGGCUGGGCGUCAACUUUAAGGGCGAGCGGGGUCUCUUCCCCAGUAAUUAUGUUGAACUUGUGGGAAGUGAUGAACAAAUCCAGCUGCCAUCGGACCCCCAUGCACAUGAAGAAGCAGAUGCCCGGGUGCCUCCGAAUGAUUCCCCUGUGCCUCUCGUCUCCAAGCCGGAUAAUGGGUCUGUUGCAAUGGCCCUUUACGACUAUGAAGCUGCUGAGGACAAUGAACUCAGCUUCCCCGAAGGUGCCGAAAUUCUUAACAUUGAAUUCCCUGAUGACGAUUGGUGGUUUGGUGAAUACAGUGGCAAAAAAGGUCUUUUCCCUGCGAAUUACGUACAACUUAGCAGGUAA